UGAAUCUACCCAAGGGUACGUACCCUUGCAAAAUGCCUCUGUGGAAGAAAACCACGUGUAUCCCAGAGUUGCAAGGAAGGCAGGCAGAUGCAGGGGCCACCAGAGACCAGGUCAAAAUUCUGUGCACGUGACCAACAGGGUUCUUGGGAACCCACACGCGGACCCAAGGUUCCAAACCCCUGUUCUGUGGGGUUUUCCAGAUCUAAGAGUCCAGGAUUCUAUGUGCAUGAAAAGGGGGGCAUUAGGAUCCAUGCUGACACGGUGACCUGGGAGCGCUCUGGGCCAGCCGGGACGUUAGUUUAGGCAGAACAAAUUUGUAUCAGGUCAUGUCUCUUUGUUCCUGGCAGAGAGGGGUCACCUGCCCGCCUGCCCCUCCACCUCGGCAGUGCUUUGCCUAAUUCCUGUCCCUGCACUCCAGAACCUGCCACUCCCUCCACAUACACACGGCACGGCUUUGUGCCUGGCCCUACAUGCAUGCGACACGGCUCCAAACUAGGGGUCAACAUCAGGAACAAGGCCUUUGCUCUCUCCUAUUUGCCUCUUGCCCUCUUCGCCAGGACGAGCAGUGCGCUCUCCACUGUGUGCACCUGACUCCCCGGCACACUCUGCUGUUUACCAGAUCAAAGCGAACCGAGGGGCCGGCCACGGUGAAGGCCACAGGUCUGUCGAGGGGCACCCACCCCUAUGCCAAACUGAGCAUCGUCCAGAAGUAGGGGCAGGCGCGGGUUGAAAUUUAACCUUCGGGAUCAGGGGGUUGGGUGAGUUUCUACAAAAAGAGGUAGGCUAACCCCGUUCCACGAUCGUCCAGAACGAAGUGAGAGCUUUGGUAGGAAGAUCACCCUGUGUUUACGGGGCUCUGAGGGGAGCAGUUUGAAGAUGUUGAGGACCCCGGUGUUGGGCAGGAGCCUUUGGAAGUCGUCCGAUUUCUCCGUCUCCGUCAAGCGGAUGUGGGGGACCCCCCGCAGUCAUCCGCUGAGGCUGGAGCGAAGGUGCUCACAGGGUCCUUGUGUGCAGAGAAAUCAGACUGAUACUGGGCACCCCCUCUGGAAGGGCCCCGUCUCUGUGCCGGGGGGCACCCGGCAGUCCCCCAUCAACAUCCGCUGCAGGGACAGCAUCUACGACCCGCGGCUGAAGCCUCUCAUGGUCUCCUACGCCGCAGAGAGCUGCCUCUACGUCUGGAACACCGGCUACUCCUUACAGGUGGAGUUCGACGACUCCACUGAGGGGUCAGGAAUCAGCGGCGGCCCCUUGGAAAACCACUACAGGCUAAAGCAGUUCCACUUCCAUUGGGGAGCAGUGGACACGUGGGGCUCGGAGCACACGGUGGAUGACCGCACGUACCCAGCAGAGCUGCACCUGGUUCACUGGAAUGCUGCGAAAUACCGAAGUUACAAAGACGCUGUGCUGGGGGAGAGCGGCCUGGCCGUGAUAGGCGUGUUCCUACAGCUGGGGGCCCACCGUGAGCCACUGCAGAAGUUGGUGGAAGUCUUGCCUGAAGUCAAGCAUAAGGGGGCGCAGGUGGCCAUGGGCCCCUUCCAGCCGUCCUGUCUGCUGCCCGUCUGCCGGGAUUACUGGACCUACCCGGGGUCCCUCACCACCCCUCCGCUAACCGAGUCGGUCAGCUGGAUCAUCUUGAGGGAGCCCAUCCAAGUGGCUCAGAACCAGCUGGCCGCCUUUCGCACGCUCCUGUUUUCUGCGCCUGGUGAGGAAGAGAAGGCCAUGGUGAACAACUACCGUCCGCUUCAAGCCCUGAUGAACCGGAAGGUCCGUUCAUCCUUCCGGCCUAUGGAAGAGGGCAUGAGAUUCUAAAUGCAUUAUAUCCGAGUCAGCGGGUAGAGCUGACUUUUAAAAGAGGAAGUUCUAAAAAAAUAAA